AUGAAGACUUUCUUCAUCCAUUGGCUGCACUUUCCCAUUCUGUUCAUAGGAAAAGUGCAGUCAGCACCAGACGUGGUAGCUCGUUUCGGGGGAGACGUCACCCUCAGCUGCCUCUUCCCAUCCCAGCCUGGGAUGAGCCUCCAGAGCCUGAUCCUCACCUGGCAGAAGGGGCGGGCGGGGGCAGAGGACCUGGUGGUUCAUAGUUAUUAUUACGGGAGGGAGCAGCUGGAGAAACAGGACGAGGUUUAUAGGAACCGGACCCGGCUGGAUCCAGAGUGGCUGGCUUGGGGCGAUGCGUCCCUGACGCUGAGGGGCGUCCGCACCCAGGAUGAGGGCGUCUACCUCUGCCACGUCACCUCGGAGCUGGGCAAGACGUCUGAACGCACGGAGCUGAGAGUGGGAGCCCCGUUCAGCGAGCCCCAGCUGACCUUCAGCCUCUCCAGCGCCGGGGUCACGCUGACCGUCCGCACGGGGGGCGGGUACCCCGCGGCCACGGUGCAGUGGCUGGACGAGGCAGGCAGGGACGUCACAGCAGAAGGUGCCACGGAGCAGCAGGUGGAUGAACAGGGGCUCUACCACGUCACCAGCUGGGUCACGGUGCCGCCUGCGACCCACAGCGCCAGGCUGACCUUCAUGUUAACCCCUCAUGUGCUGGGGGCACCAAUUACCCGGCCGCUGAGCCUGCAGCUGAGCCCAGGUGAGCCAGGGAGGGGAGAUCUGGAUUUCAGCCUCCAGGGGCAGCUCAGCCCUGGGAACCCUGAAAAAGAGACUCCUGGGUCCCCCGGCCUUCUGGCUGUCAUCUGUGCUACCUGCCUCUUCGUUGUCCAGCUGGCUGUUGCAUUUCUCUACCGUCUCCGCCAGGGCCCGGCUGGAUCCCGCUCCUGGGGGAAGGCGGAGGAGGAGGAGGAGCAGAAAGAGAUCUCUUGCCCAAUCCCAGCCAGCCCCACCGGCCACGAGCAGCCAGCCAGGGCCAAGUCCUAG